AUGACAACAACAACCACAUCAUUCCCCUUCCCUCCAACAUAUAAUUUCCCGCCCUUCUUCACCCCGCAACCAAAUACCAACACCCGCCUCUCACAGCUUGAGAAAUGGUCUUCACUGAUUCAAGCAUGGUGCCGGCACCAUCGUCAAUACCGCCUCUCGCUAGUCGACGCUAUAGAUAGCCCGCUAUUCCACAACACGGCUUUGCGCAAACGUCUUGACCUCGCCGCAGCCCGUGAUGUGUUGGAUUGGAUGGCGAAGAGCGAGGAGGAAGGCGGCGGUGGAAGACGGGCUGAGUGGCUAGAUGCGAAUGCAGGAGGCAAUGCGGCUCCCAAAUCGGUUGCUUAUAUCUGGUGGAGAAGACCGGAAGAAUGGGCAGAUGUUGUUGCGGAUUGGGUUGAGAACACUGGUCAGCGGGGGUCUGUGUUAACGGUCUAUGAGUUGGUACAGGGCGAGGCGACAGUAUCACAAGAUUUCCAUGGGAUGGAUAACGAUGUCAUGAUGAAGACGCUAAAUAUUCUUGUUAAGAGGGGCAAGAUCCAGAUCUUUGGCAAUGAGGGCGAGGAAGGUGUCAAAUUCUUCUAG